AUGGCCACCAAAACAGAUUCGACUCCGAAUGAAAAGCCAAUUUAUCAGCGACAGAGAAGUAACAGUGAUCCCCCACUUUCAAAAGACGUUUUGAAUACAUUAACCUUAGACAGACCAGUUAAGGUCUAUAUCAACCUAUUUCUGGCUAUUGAUAUGAAGACAGAUUAUUUCACUUUAAAUAGUAGACUGGAAGAACCUCCACUCACCCCCAGCCCAGUUCCUGAGGCUAGUGCUCCAGAGCCUCAGGAGAGUGGAGCUUGUGGAACACCUAAUGAUACAAAUAUCAUUAGUAAUCAUGUUAGUCCAAACAGUCCGACAACUCCUCGAUCUCGAAGUGUUUACAACUUCAUGGCUAGAAUACGCAGACGUAAAAUUACAGGUAGAAAAUUUUUUUUGGCUCAAAAUCGUGAAAACUAUGAACCAAAAUCUGAAAGUUUUAACUAA